AUGCUUGCGCGGUUGUUUCUGGAUGUUGAGCUCUUUGAAGGCACAGCUGGCUGUGCUCCCACCCCUAGGACAGUGCCUGGCACACGGCAGGCCCGAGUGAGUGACCUCGGGGAGCACUGCCCCGGGAGCCGGUGUGCAGGCAGCCGGCGGGCCCGGAGCACAGCUGGGGUGCAGCCCUGGAGGGGCUGGGGCAGCACCAAGGAGCGAGGGCAAGCCUGCCGCCGGGGGUCCGGGCGGCCUUUCCAGAGCAGCAGUGCUUGUCCUGGGCUUUUGAGGCAGCCGGGCAUAGCUUGGCAGGAGCUGGAGGGGAGAAAGUUCCAGGGCGGAGCCUGGGGUCGGGCAGGACAGAAGGGGACCAGAGAGGUGUGGGAUCUGGCUGCUGUGACCGCUGCCGUGCCCUGCCUGGGCGCCCUGUGGGCCUGGUGUCGUGUUUUCAGGGUGGGGCCUGUUCUGCGUGAAGAGUCUGACAGGCCCCGGAGCUGGUGCUGGCGGUACUGGGAUGGGGGCUUCUCCGGCUGGAGCCCCCGCCCCACAAGGCUUGCUGCCUUCAGCGCCCUCUCUCUCCCUCGCUCCUACCAGGUGGUGAGGAAGGUGAAGUCCAUGCAGAUGUUCCGCACGCCCGUCACCUCCGCUAUGCAGGGAGACCGGCUGGGCGUCUGUGUCACCCAGUUCGACCCCAAGCUGCUGGAGCGCGGCCUGGUGUGUGCGCCCGAGUCCCUGCACACUGUCCACGCGGCCCUCGUCUCCGUGGAGAAGAUCCCAUAUUUCCGGGGGCCCCUGCAGACCAAGGCCAAGUUCCACAUCACCGUGGGCCACGAGACGGUCAUGGGCCGGGUGAUGUUCUUCAGCCCUGCCCCCGACGACUUUGACCGCGAGCCGGUGCUGGACUCCUUCGACUUCUCCCGAGAAUACCUCUUCCAGGAGCAGUACCUGUGCCCGGGCUCGGCGCCAGCCGCCACAGACUGCGGGGAGGCCGACCGGAAGGCGGGCCAGGCCCCUGAAGGCUGCUGCCCCCGGCAGCAGUGGGCCCUUGUGGAGUUUGAGAAGCCCGUCACCUGCCCUCGGCUGUGCCUGGUGAUCGGCUCCAGGCUGGACGCAGACAUCCACGCCAACGCGUGCCGGCUGGCCUUCCACGGCAUCCUGUUGCACGGGCUGGAGGACCGAGGCUACGCCGAGAGCGUCCUGCCCACACUCAGGGUGUACAAGCUGAAGCACAAGCAGGGCAUCGUGGAGCGGGUGAUGGAUGACUGCAGCGUGAUCGGCCGCUCCCUGUUCAAAAAGGAGACCAACAUCCAGCUCUUCGUGGGGCUCAGGGUGCACCUGUCCACUGGAGAGCAGGGUGUCAUUGACAGUGCCUUCGGCCAGAGUGGCAAGUUCAAGGUCCACAUCCCGGAUUUCAUUGCCUGAGCCUUGUGAGGCCCUUCUCCCAAGACGGCAUCCGCAUGUCUGGCCCAAGGCCAAGACCCUCUGUGCCAGGCCCGUGCUGAGCCCUGAAGCCGAGCCCAGACCCGGGCCUGUCCUCAGCCGCUUGGUCCCCAGGCGGGUCUCUGUGUCACAGGAGGCAGCUCCCUCCCCCCAUAAGGCCGGGUGUGGAGGAGGUCCGACCAAGAGGCUGCAAGAGAGGGAACUGAGGACUAGGGGGCGUCUCAGAUCCUGGAAGGGUGAGUCACCCUUCACUAGACCCGGGACAGCCUGAGCCCCGAGGGGCAGGGCCGUGUUGGAUCUGUGCAGCUGCCUCCGAGGGCCAGCACCGUCCCAGGAAACAGGCCAUCUGGCGCCCCCAGCCAGCGGGCGACUCAGAAGGAGGCAGGGGGCCUGGUGAGGGGCCCGGGGUGGGCUGGCCGGGCUCACUCCAGGUAGUGGGGGGCCACCAAGGGUGUGUGGGCAAAGGAGGCCAGGAUCUGAAGUGUUGGAGGCUGGUGCUGGCUCUAAGGCCUGGGGCCGUGACCCACCCCUGGGGUCCACAGCGGGCCCUGGGAAGCCUCAGGUUGGCCUCUCUCGUCCCCACCCCAGGCCGGCUUCUGGUCCAGCUGCCUUCGCGCCUCCAGCCUGUCCCACUUCAGCCCUGCAGGGGCCUGAAGCCUUGUCAGGCAGCGGCCCAAGAUGAGGGUGGACCUCCCCGGGCGCUUACGGGCACCCUGCCGGGUUCUGUCCCCAGCGGCCGAGGAGACACCAGAAAGCGGCUUGGAUGGGAGAAAAGAGGCUGACGAGAGGUGAGGGGUGAAAGCUGAGGUUUCAGAAAACCCCAGCACAGCUGGGAACAAGCCAUCCGUCUCUCUCACUGGCGUCGGAGCCCGGCCAAGACCUCGGUGGGUCUUGGCCCCACGUCUGUGGGGCGGCAGCUCUGAAAUCGAAGCCAGAAACAGCCAGCUGCUGCCCCCACCCACUGCCUCUCCCGGAGGCCAUCCUGACGGAGGAGGACCUUUCAGACAGCACUCUGGGGUGUCUUUUUCCCCCCAAAAGAAUGGCCAACCUCCUCCCCUUUCGGCCACUGAAGCAUUUCAAAGCAAUUGUAAAAAUUAUAUGAACUCCAUCGAAGAACUGUUACAACAAUGUUUAUACCCAGUAUUUGAAACAAAGACAAUGAUAUUAUAAAUAAUUGUAGAUGAUGAAGAUAGGCAGGAAAAACUAACAUCAUUAAAAGAAUUUUACAAGACGGACUGUUCACAAAGAUGGAUGGAGUAACACAAUACGUUAAAAAUAUCUGCAAUUAACAUAAACACAGCGCAGUGGACAGAAACCAUCUGCCGGCAGGCCUCACCCUGGGCACAUUCCCAUGUCAUCCGCCGGGCGGUGCCAGGGGCCCCGGGAAGAGGCCGGCUGCGGGCGUGUGCCCAGCACAGCCUGGGACCCCGUUAGAAGGAAGUCCACCAACGCACAGGAACCAGGGACUGAAGAAGUGCCUUCUUGGGGUCACAGAGCUUCCCUUCCCUGACCUGGGUGAGGUCAGCCCCGUCCGUGUCACUGCUGUCGGAUGCCGCGCUGUUCCCUUGACAGCUGCGACGGGCAGCCUGUGGCCCCUGACGCUUCUCGGGCACGUGGGCAGUGGCGGUGCCGAGGGCCUGCGCACGUCAGCCCGGCCAGCUCUCGUGGCAGCUGGGCAUCAUUGUCCCUGGGACAGACUGCCCACAGCUCAGUGGGCUCCUGGUGCCUCUUUCUCCUUUAACCAGUAUCUGGUUUUCUAAAUAUAAAUUAAUAAAUAAAGUUUUCUUUUAAUCCUGGAAAACUUUGGCCACACAGAACAGAACAGACACCCCGAAACCAGCAAGAUGGAACAGACGUGACCGUUCUGUCCUGUGCCUCCCACUCCUCCGGCCAAGACAGCCCUGCAGACGAGGUGGGAGCACGCCCCCUCCCCGGGCCCUGGCUCUCCCUGCGCAGGCGGUGUCGUCGUGUGACCCAGUGUCCCCGAACUUGGUCCCGCGCUGGCCCAAGGGUCGCUGGGGCGCUGGCUGCUUCGGUUUCAGAGCCCACCGCACAGUCAGCAUCCCGGCCAACCCCUCUGCCUGCGUGUUGCCC